AUGUAAAAAUAUGAAAACCAGACUGCCCGGUGAUUGCAUAAAUAUUUUACCGGUGUAAAUGUAAACAAUUGGGAAACCAACCUUGACCUGCCAAAAUAAAUCCUCAUAUCACAGGAGUAUAGGGGCAUACUACGGUCACUUAAAGGAAAUUAUGGAAACACCAGUGGAGACACAGUUUGUGGCAUCAGAUUAUGGGAAGAACUGGGUGAAGAUCCUAGUAGUGAAGAGAGACACAGAAAAACAUUACAUUAAGGAGUUGGAGGUGUGUACAGCAUUAACAUUAAACAACCACAGGGAUUAUAUAUUUGAGGAUAAUUCAGAUAUCAUUGCCACAGACUCACAGAAAAACACUGUACAUGUUCUUGCCAAGCAACAUGGGGUCAAAAAUAUUGAAAAGUUUGCUCUAAUACUUAGCAACCAUUUUUUACGAAAAUAUCCACAUGUUGUGGCAACAAAAAUAAACAUUGAAGAGUACCCGUGGAAAAGAGUUGAUAUUAACGGAGAAAAACAUGUUCAUGCAUUCCAGUUUGUAAGAGAUUGUUUGCGAGUAUGUGAAGUUACGCAGAAACGUGGAGGUGAACCAUUGGUCAGAGCUGGAAUCCGAGAUUUGAGAGUUUUGAAGACUACGCAGUCGGCUUUUAAGGAUUUUGUAACAGACGAGUUUCGUACCUUGCCAAACACGGAUGAUCGAAUAAUGUCAACUAUAGUAACAGCAGACUGGUGGUACAACACGUCAGAAGGGUUCUGUUUUGAUAAAGCAUGGGAAGCUGUUAAAGCAACUAUACUAGAGAAGUUUGCGGGUCCACCAGACACAGGAGUGUACUCAGCAUCGGUCCAAAACACAUUAUAUAUCUCAGCUAGAUCUGCCAUUACACGAAUACCACAGAUAGAUAAAGUGGAGAUUACUCUACCAAACAAGCAUUACUUUGAUAUAGAUUUCUCCAGAUUUCCCAAACUUGAGUUUAGUGGCUGCAAUAACACUCAAGUGUAUAUGGCCGUUGACAAACCCUCUGGAAAUAUCCAUGCUGUUGUACAGAGGAGCAAAACUUCCAAAUUGUAGACUGGUUUGUUAAGAUGAGAAAUUUGACUACACUGUAUUGGGUGCCGUAGAGAAAUGUAUUCAGUAAUGGACACAGUUGAUACAAAAAUCUGUAAAAAAAAUAAUAUUGUUUGUGACAAUGUGAUGUUGUUGUAUCAGAAUAUCUCCCACCAAAUAGUCUUCAAUUUUUCUCUGUUCAAGAAAUAUUUAUCUUAGGUCAUUUUGUAAAAUAUGUGUUUUGUUGGUUGCCGUUAUGUAAUUUAUAUGUUGAAAAUAAUGUAAACCCAUCUCGUUUUUGUUGUGAUUGUGAUAAUCAGAUGUUUCUUUGUUGAAUAUAUACAUGUAUGUAUAUAUACAUACCCGCUGGUAAAAGAUUUGGUCUUGUUUCAGCAAUUUAACAAUAUUUUAAUGAUGACCUAUUGAUGACUUAUUUUUUUUAGUAUUUUUAACAAGUAGUUCCAGUUAUUUCAUUUAUUUUUUUAUUUACUUAAUUUUUUUUUAGUAGGUGAUUGUGUUAACUUGGUUUCAUAGAACUAGAAAGGUUUUUCUUUUGUUUCUUCGUAUCUUUUUUUUUUCCAAAAAAUUAUAAUACUUUUAUAGUUAUUUAAGUGACAAAACAUACAGUUCAUAUCAAAAGUAUACAAUAUGCACAGAGUAUUAUUAUAAACAUUUAUAGGAUGUAAACUUGUAUAUUUUUUCAUUUUUUGUGUCGCCUUGAAAAGGUGACAUAUAGGGGUUACUUUUGUCGUCGGCGUCUGUGUCAUUGUCGUUGUCGGCGUCCCCUAAAGCUUGUCCGGAGCAUAACUCAGUCACUAUAAGUCUGAUUGACUUCAAACUUGGUAUGCAUGCUUCUUUCAAAAACCUGAAGUGCAGUGCACAAGGACCGGUACUCUGCAGUUCUUAUUUUUUGAGUUAUUGCCCUUUGUUAAUUUUCAUACUUUAAUUUUGUCCGGGCCAUUUCUCUUCAACUAAAAAAGCUAUGGACUUGAAACUUCAUAGGAUGAUAGAUCUAAUUAAGAAGAAGUGCAGUGCACAAGAACCGGUACUCUGCACUUCUUAAUUUUUGAGUUAUUGCCCUUUGUUAAUUUCAUACUUUAUUUUUGUCCAGGCCAUUUCUCCUAAUGUAUAAAAGCCAUGGACUUGAAACUUCAUAGGAUGAUAGGUCUCAUAAAGAAGAAGUGCAGUGCACAAGAACAGGUACUCUGCAUUUCUUAUUUUUUGAGUUAUUGCCCUUUGUUUAUUUUCAUACUUUAAUUUUGUCCGGGCCAUUUCUCCUUAAGUAUAAAAACUAUGGACUUGAAACUUCAUAGGAUGAUAGAUCUCAUUAAGAAGAAGUGCAGUGCACAAGAAUCGGUACUCUGCAUUUCUUAAUUUUUGAGUUAUGGCCCUUUGUUAAUUUUCAUACUUAAUUUUUGUCCAGGCUAUUUCUCCGAAAGUAUAAAAGUUAUGGACUUGAAACUUCAUAGGAUGAUAGAUCUCAUUAAGAAUAAGUACAGUGCAUAAGAACUGAUACUCUGCAUAUCUUAUUUUUUGAGUUAUUGCCCUUUGUUGAUUUUCUUACUUUAUUUUUGUCCUGGUCAUUUCUCCUCAAGUAUGAAAGCUAUGGACUUGAAUCAUCAUAGAAUGAUAGAUCUUAUUGAUAAGAAGUGCAGUGCACAGAUAUGCUGCUCUGCACUUAUUAUUUUUUUAGUUAUUGCCCUUUGUUAUUUUUCAUAUUUCAUUUUUGUCCUGGCCAUUUCUCCUAAACUACAUUGUUCACAAGGCGACACAUCCGACUCGCGGAGUUCUAGUUUUGUAUUCAUUUUUUGUUUCUAUAUAAUCCAGAGCAAUAUUCAUUGAAUGCUGUUUUAUUUUAUUUUUUGUUGUUUGUUUUGUUUUCUAUUGUACACAUUCAAUGGAACCUCUGUACAGCAAUACCCUCUUUACAACAAUACACUCAUUAUAACAAUACCCUCAUUAUAACAAACCUAUUUACAACAACAGUACCUUUUUUCCAAAUGGAAGACUUCAAAUUGAAUUUAACCUCUCCAGAGCAGAACCUUGUAAUAGCAACCAAAGUCGUCUCCCAAAGGGUGUUGCUGUGCAAAGGUUGAGCUGUAUACCCGGGAAUGUAUUAAUAAAAUUAGAUAAGUAAAAAUUUUAAUUGACUUAAACAGCUAAUAGUGACACAUAUAAAUUCUUAAUUGUUGGCGGGUUAGUUCUGCAGUACAAUUUUAUUUUUCUAUGAUUUACUGAGGGGAAAAAACUGUGAUAAUUUUGCUAACAUUAAUGCCAGAAUAUAAACAAAGCCAGGUCAUAGCUUUUUGUUUGUCUUUUUUAUUGUUGAUAGUUUUUCAUCCUGUUUUGGCAUUCAGUUUAAAUUUCAACAUCAAAACAGGGUUGUAUGUUUUUAAAGUAAGUCUAGUCAACAUAGCUUUUAUUCUUAUUGAAGACCAUUUACCUCAUGAAAUGUUACUUAAAGUUAUGGUAACUGCAAAUGAAUCUUUGUUACAAGGUGUCCUAUUUUAUGAUGUGUUGUCUUAGUGCAGUAAUGAGUUUCAUCACAUGCCCGUGCCGCUUUUGCACAGCCACGAGGUGAUGCCAUUUGCGUUAUACAAAAAUAGUAUAAAGUUGCGCUAAAUUUUAGCGUUAUACUAUAGGUGCAUCGAUGAAAAAUGACUCUUUCUCACUUAAACAGCCUUUACUCUUGGUAUGUGAUGAAAAGAAUAUUAAAUUUGUGAAUGUUUAUUACUGAAUUUAUUGAACUCGCUGAAUAAAAUAAUAUCCUGCUCACCAGAGCCUCACACAAUAUAAUUUUAUUCAACUCGUUCAAUAAAUUCAGUAUUGAACUUACACUCAUUCAAUAUCGUCUAUAUCUUAUAUUAAAUAUUAAUAGGAGUUAACCUAUUACUGCACAUGUGCAUGAUUGUCCUAUAAUUAUGUAAUGCAAAUUUACUAAAUACUUGCCUUGCUGUUAAUACAUAGUUUUUAAAAAUAUGUUUAUUAAUUAAUAAGUUUGAGGUGUUAUGAAUUAUUUAAAAUCUUUUUGCGUCAAAAUUGACUUAACAACUGUUUCUUGAAAAAACUUGGAAGAUAUUCAAAGAAAAAAUCUCUAAAAGUCACGAAAAACUUUGCUGUAAUGGUGCUUUGUGACAUACAGGUAUUGCAAUUUUGUGAACUGUUUAUGUGUAUAUGGCAUGUUUUCUUGAUUGAAUGCAAUGUUAUCAUAAAUAUAAUUACAUGAACAAAGA